AUGUUCGGUUUUCUUUCUUACACAAUUCAUAAGGAGAAACCUUUUGCAAUCAUCAAUAAAGAGGCAUCUUUAUCUGGUGUCGAGCCACUUAUGCAGAAAAUACAUAGUGAAAUUCGUCGAGUAGAUGCUGAGAUUUUAGCAGCUGUUCGACAACAGAGUAAUUCAGGAACCAAAGCUAGGGAGGAUCUUGCUGCAGCUACCAGUGCUGUGCAGGAACUCAUGUAUAAAAUUCGAGAAAUUAAAACCAAAGCAGAACAAAGUGAGACAAUGGUUCAGGAAAUAUGCCGUGACAUUAAGAAACUGGAUUUUGCGAAGAAGCACAUAACAACUACAAUUACUGCCCUUCAUCGUCUUACCAUGCUAGGUUAAUCCUUCUAAUCAAAAAAUU